UAUCGAUAACGCCGAUAAGGUAGUACGUAUAAAAGCCAGAGACAGUCGCCAGCACCAGCCAAAAUCCAAAAAGCGUUCGAAUAGUGCAUUAGUAAGAGCCUACCACUAGGUUCUUAGAUAACUUCUUCUUCUUUAUUUUUUUGUUCUGGUGAUCUAUUUUAUUGCGUGAUCCGAAAAUAUGUUUCAUCUUAUCUGCCUGGUGUUGGGCAUUAUUGUAUCGGUAUCGGGACAACCACAUGCCCGUGCCAGUGAUCUUUAUUAUACGGACAUCACAGCAGUCACGGAUGACACGCGAUACACUACCCUUAAUCCGGAUAUAACACUCAACGAGAUGAACAAGGUUAAGCACUCUAAGGGCAACGUUGUCUUCACUUCCGGCAACCGGACAGCGGGCGAUAGACUCAUUGUGAAUCAUUACGAUGAUGGUAGCUUUCCCAGUGUUCAGGAUAUUGAGGUGCUAAUGAGCUAUCCGGCUGGAACCAGUACCGGUGUCACGCUAACCUGCAUCGAGGUAUAUGUGGACACGUCGGCGGAUGAUGCUGGCGGCUAUCUAAGCAAAGGUGGCAUCGGACAGACAAAUGUUGAGAUCCUGCUUACGUCCAAUGUAACCCGUAGUUUUAAUUACGAGACAUUCAUCUACGGUUACUAGGGAUCGUAGAGUCAUAUUCUAGAACUUUCUAGAACUUUCAGUUAACAAUAAAAUGUUUCCCUUGGAACCCAACUGUGAUCAUGAACUCCAGACCCUGCCCCACCUUGACCAUCUGCCGAGAGUAUUAUUAGUCUUAGAUCUUAUGAAAGAAAACUUAUUAAAAAUAGAAAAUCAAAACUAAAUAAUGUGCAAAUUUAAACAAAAUGUUUUUUUUUUACUUAUCUAAAAUGUUGGAAAAAUAAAGUAUUGCUGGUUGGGGACCUAUAGAAACUGAUUUCCUUAAAGAGUACAUAUAUAGAUUUGAUUCAUAGAGUAUCUUAAAGAUCCCCAGAGGAAGUACGUUUUUCAGUUACAAAAAUAUAAAUAAUU